CAAAUCCCACUCUCCUCUACAACUGCACGAAGAUUAUAAGAAAGAAGAAGAAGCAGAAAAGACCAAAACACCACUUGAUGGGAACCACAACCACCGUUCCUUUCACAUCCGCCGUCAGAAUUCAGGGGCUCCUUCGUCAUUUCCAACCCCAUGGCAACAACAAGAAGAAGAAGACGCUUCUCAAAACCCACAAUUUCGCUCCCAACAACAUCGCUUUGUCUUCUUCAAUGGCGUCCACUACGCCUCUCAAAGUUUCUGCAUCUUCUGCAAUUGGUGCGACGAAUGAAGAACUGAAAGUGUCUUCUUCCCGUUUGGUCGGAGAGAACGGCUUGCUGAUUGUUGGGCCGGGAGUUCUCGGUCGUUCGGUGGCGAAUAAAUGGAAAGAGGAGCAUCCGGGGUGUCAAAUACAUGGGCAAACUGUGACAACUGAUCACCAUGAGGAGUUGAUUGAGGUGGGCAUUAACCCGUCUUUGAAGGGAACGGAAAUGGUCCACAAGUUUUCUUAUGUCAUAUUCUGCGCUCCUCCCUCUCGGUCCCUGGACUAUGCUGGUGAUGUGAGGGAAGCUGCAUUGAGCUGGAAUGGUGAGGGUUCUUUCUUGUUUACCUCAAGCUCUGCACCAUAUGAUUGCAACGACAAUGGAGAGUGUGACGAGGACACUCCUGUGGUGCCAAUAGGGAGAAGCCCCAGGACUGAUGUCCUUCUAAAAGCGGAGAAAGUAGUUCUUGAGUUUGGUGGAUGUGUUGUUAGAUUGGCAGGACUUUACAAAGCAGAUAGAGGUGCACAUACAUAUUGGUUAGAGAAGGGGACUGUUGAGAGUCGUCCAGAUCACAUUUUGAAUCUAAUUCAUUAUGAGGAUGCUGCUUCCCUUUCAGUUACAAUCUUGAAAAAGAAACUACGUGGUCGAAUUUUCUUGGGCUGUGAUAAUCAUCCUUUAUCCAGGCAAGAAGUAAUGGACUUGGUUAAUAAAAGUGGAAAAUUUAGUAAAAAGUUCGAAGCAUUUACAGGAAGAAAUGAUCCUUUGGGGAAGAGAUUGAACAACUCGAAAACUCGUCAGGAACUCGGCUGGGAGCCCAAAUACCCCAGUUUCUCACAGUUCCUUGGGACCCUUUGAAGUUUCAAAUACUCUCCAUUUAUCCCCAUUUGUUGGAAAAUAAAUUCACUCAUGGUGGAAAGUGUUGUGCUAAGUUGGAGCUACAGCCUGCAAGGUCUCUUGCUUCCGGUUGUUGGUUCUGAUAAUGCUCAUUCGAGUUUCGGAUUCCAUGAUUCCACAUUUAUAGAGAACUGACAUUCAGAUUUGUAUAACUGAUUGAACAUUGAGCGGCUGAUUCGAACUUGUUACUGUGUACAUGGUGCUGAUACUGUUGACCCCGAAAUUGGAAUUCGAUAAUGUCAUAAAUACGAGAGGGACUCUUAUAUGAGGAUAUUAUUGUAUGUGUACUAAAAUAACAGUGCAUGUUAUAUGAGAAAUCUGUUUUUUUUUAUU